GUUCCUCACAAUUUCCUCUCAUCUGCUUUCCCUUUUCCUCAGAUCUUAUCUACCUAUAUCUUCUGGGUUAAACGCAGCAAAAAAGAAGAAGAAAAGCUAUUUGUUUUUUCUAUGGGUGGUGAUGUUUCAGCUUGGUCCCAGAGGCUGUCUGGUAAGAAGAAAAAGAUAAUAGAAGAACUUGUACAAGGCCAAGAAUCUGCAAACCACCUUCAGAUUCUUUUCCAAGAAACUGGCCGGCACCUUUCAUCAUCUAAAAAGGAAGCACUUAUCGACAAGAUCUUGAGGUCUUUCGAUCAGACGCUUGCUGCGCUGAGUUCUGUUGAUUCUGCUGAGGUUUCCACUGCCUCUAAUCAAGAUUCUGCCGACACCCGCAAGAAACCAGCUGCCUCUAAGGAAAAGAGAGGCUGUUACAGGAGAAAGAGGGCUGCACAAGCGUGGACAAUUGUUUCUGAUACAAUGGAAGAUGGCCAUGCUUGGAGAAAAUAUGGACAAAAAGAGAUCCUCAAUUCCAAACACCCAAGGAGUUACUUUAGAUGCACUCGCAAGUAUGAUAAAGGUUGUCAGGCCACCAAACAAGUCCAAAGAAUGGAAGAUGGUUCCCAAAUGUAUCGGACCACUUAUAUCGGAACCCACACAUGUAUGAGCUACUCAUCCAAGACUCCUCCCCUAAUCGUCACAAAUUCUGAAUGUUGGGAAACCGGUACGGUCGAUGACGGCGACUCCGAAAUCCUGAUCAAACACCAGCACCACGAGCAUUCGGAUCCGACUCCGACGUCUCUGGUUGUAAAGAAAGAAACGAAGGAGGAGACAUCGACGACGCCGAGUGAUGUUACCGACUUGGACUGUAUCAUGUGGAAGGAUAUAGUGGGGGAUGGCGAGCUCGAAUAUUGCUCGGAGCCUGCUGAGAUGGUGUCUAACAUGUAUCCGUCGUGCACGGAAAUAAGUCCGAAUUUUGAAAUGGAUUUUGGAAUUAAGCCUCUAGAGUUUGAAUUUGAUGAGUGUGCACUGUAAAUGACUUUUCAUUAGAAGAAGCAUUUUCAAGUAGUUUAUUGUGACUUUAAA